UAAAAUGGCGAACGAGAUUUUCGAAGGCGAAAGUUUGAGCCUAGAACUAACUCGUUUUCUGGACAAAAAUGUUGGAACAGAGAAAUCAUCGGCAGCUUCCAUUAACUGUCUUCUAAAAGAUGUUUUGAAGAAGAAGAAAUGUUUGGAAACGGAGUUACAAGAGGCCCAGUGUAGAACACCAGAUAAGAUCCAGGAUGUGCUUGACAAAGGUUGCUCAGCAGUGAAUGAGGUAAAAAAUCUUCAGCAACAACAUGAGCAGCUUACAUCUAGAGUUGACAACCAUCUCAAGAAACUUCACCCCCUAGCAGAGCGUUUGUCCAGUUUAGUAAGUCAAAUUGCAGAGGUUGAGAGAUUCCGAGCAUAUGUGAGUUGGAUACAGAAGAUUGAGUCUGUCAGUUGUCAGAUUCACCAGUUUGUUGAAGCUGGGCAGUUGAACUGGGCGGUAGAACAGUUGUCAGUGCUGUCUGAGCUUGCACGGUUACUUAGUGAAUCAGCGUGCUGUAAUUUGACCAAGUUUGUGAAGGAAAUGCAGUUACAUUGGCAAAACAUUCUUCUCAAUAAGCUAGCAAGUGAAUUUGAUGAAAUCAUGAAAGCUCUAAAAUGGCCUUUCACUUCUCUCUCCACUGCACCUCCACUAUCCACAACAUCAGAUGAUUACAGCAGACUAGAAACUGUGUUUAUACUUUUGCUCAAAUUACAACAGUUCAAAGAAAUAUCUGCAGGAAAUAUUUCUCUCAGUAGAAACAAAAGUGACAUCCUUCUGCCACUUGACUGGCUUUUGAAGCCUUUUAGAAAGAGAUUUCGCUUUCACUUUUAUGGGAAUAAACAAACAAACAACCCUCAGAAGCCUGAGUGGUAUUUUACACAAGUUUUAAAUUGGAUAAAGAAUCAUAGUGACUUUCUAGAGCACACAAUUCAACCCAUUCUUCAAAGGACAGAAUAUGAUUUUGUUCAUGCCAAGACUGAGUUUAUAUCUGGGCUAUUAAACGUUGUGGUGGAGAAGUUGGAGCACAGCAUCCAAAGUAUAAUUGAUGAUGAUGAUUCUUUUUCUCACUUUGUCGACGAAUUGUUAUUAUUCAACAAAGAACUUCACAUGGCUCACAGUUACAGCUCUACUGAACACAGCUGUUUGCACAUCCUAACCACUGAAGCUUGCUUGCAAAGAUGGGUAGAGUUAGAAAGAAAAUAUGCUGAGUCAAACAUGAAUUCAGUUUUGUCCUCCUCAUCAGCAUGGACACCAAAAUACAAAGAUGUUAGUGAUGUAGAUGACACACGAAUUCCUGAGUGUGCAGAAGGAUUUAUGACCCUUCUCUCUGUUAUAACAGAUCGAUAUAGAAAAUUACCAAAUGUGGAACAUCAGGAGCAGUUUCUAGAAGUGCAGUUAUUUCUUCUUAAGAGAUUUAUCUCCAGGUUGAUGCAUGAGGCAGAAGAAACAAAAUUUUCCCCUGCUGGACCUCAUUACUGUUCAGUUCUCAAUGCUGCUAAUUAUGUUAACCUAAUACUUCAAGAGUGGAGUGAGCAAAUGCUUUUCCUUAAACUCUGUGAACAUCGCAAUCCAUCUAUUGGCUAUGUAAAGUCUGAAGAUAUGUUUGGCUCGGAAAACCAUGUGGGAGAUGAUGAAGAACAGGGGGUUCCUUAUAUGAAAAGUGUAUUUGAAGAAGUAACACAAUCUUUACAAGAUUUAAAGGAACAUAUGAUCAGUGAUCUUGUAGAGCAUGUUGUAAAAGGAUUUAGGACACUGAGCAAACCCUACAAAAAAGAGAAGUGGCAUGCAUUUCCCUCUCCAAAGGAUGUUAUUCUCAUGACCCUGUCAUCAUCAGCAUGUGAGAUGUUAUUGUUCUUAAAGGGAAGGUUUCAAAUUCUGCAGGAACAGCUGGCAAGCACUAUUUUCAGUGCAAUAUGGAAAGAUCUUGCAAAGGCUCUAAACAAGUUUAUAUACAAUGAGAUUAUCCUGGAGUGUCAUUUCAAUGAAGGAGGUGCAGCACAGUUACAGUUUGACCUCACAAAGAAUCUUUUCACAUUAUUUUUGGAAUACACACAGAAACCAGAGAAUUUCUUUAAAGAGGUCAAGGAAGCCUGUAUCUUGUUAAAUCUCUUGCCUGGAUCUGCAGUAUUGCUGAGGGAUUUGCUCAAGUCUUCAGGGAGUGACAGCAGUGAAGAAGGCAUUUGUCCAGCAAGUGCUGCAUUACAAGACAUUGGGGUGUAUAGAUUAACGUCGGCAGAUGCACUGAAAAUUAUCAACCUUAGAGUGCAUUUGCCAAGUGUAUAACACUUGGCUUUCAAACAUAUUCAGAGGAAAUUUGUCUUGUUUGAAAAUAUCCAUACCAAGAGAUAUCUCUUGCUCCAUAUCCAUUUCUGGGAGAAUUUGCCUGGUUUGAACUACACAAACCCCCCCCCCCCCCCCUCCAAUACUAUAGUAGCUGGAAAUGAACAGGUACUUAAUUGUAACAAAUGAAAGUUCAACAAUAAUUUAGACUCUUAGUUGAGCAAGUAGCAAAGGGGAGACAUGAGGCUAACAUUUCUAGUAUAUAUAGUCAUUUCCCUCUUGAAAUCUGUAUUAUGUGAAAUUUUUUUUAACCUUCCUAUGGCUGGGUAUGCAUAAUCUCGUCAACCACAAAGGCACAUUUCUGGCCAUUUGUUGGUUUGAGAAUAAUCUGUCAAAGGGAAUUUGAAAGCAAUUGCAAACACUGGCCUUCAGGGGAAACAAUGAUAGGAAAUAAAUAUCCUUCUUGUUUUUGUUGAUCAACAGCUACUAUUAAAGUCUUCCAGUCUUUCUUCUCAGAUGCCUCUCACUCUUUAUUUCUUAUGAGAAACCUCAUUUGAGGAAGAGGCUAUAAUUAUAUAUAUUGUGUAGUCUAGGGUUAUAUAGAAGCUAAAUGAGCCCAUGUUAAGACAAUAUCAAAGAAGAGGUUAAAGUUUACACUGAAAAGUGCCUUUGAGCCAUCUGUGAUAUUGAUAUUUAUUGUAAAACAAACAUUUCAAAAAAUUAUUUUUAUUGUAUCUCAAUUCACAUACAAAGGUAAUCUUGUGUCAUGUUCCCUUACUAGUGAGCCACAAGGAAAGUAACCAAAAAAUAUUAAGGGAAACUAUUUUCAAUUUGUUAGUACACAAGACUAAUUUAUGGCUUGACUAUAAAAUUAUGAAUUGAAUUGAAAUAAAUUACAUUAAGUCCAUAUUAGAUAGAAAUUAGUAAAUAUGUCCAGCCAAAAUUUCAAAAACUGUUUUCAAAUUAAGAGAUUUUUAAAGAGAUGUUUGUAUUGUAAAACUACAUGUAUGAACAAGCUAAUGUAUCCAGAAAUUA